AAAUCGCAUUGCGGAAAUUUGAAGCAUGUCCCAGUCAGAGUCAAGUGAUGUGACGUAUUUUUCUAAUAAGCUGAAAUGGGCAAUCGAAAGGCGAGAUAUACCUGCUGUGAAAAGACUAAUCAAAGGAGGCGUCAUUGCUGACGCACAGUUUUGGUACAAUUCCACUGUUCUUCAUGAAGCUGUUUCUUCUGGUAAUGAGGAGCUAGUCAAACUGAUACUACAUGCCAAAGCUAAAGUCAAUGCAAAAAACAAGGAAGGAAGAAGUGCUCUCCACAUCGCUGCAAGAUUAGGCCACUCUGGUGUGGUUCAACUUCUCCUGAAUGCAAAUGCUGAUGUGAAUGCACAAACUAAGGAUGGCCGAACACCACUCCAUGUGUCACUAUGGAGAGGACAUACACAGAUAGCAAAGGCACUGGUCAAAGCAGGUGCCUCUGUCAACAGAAGAGAUGAGGAUGGAUGGACGCCACUGCAUUGGGCUGCUAAACAAAACAACAAAGAUGCAUUGGUGCUUUUGUUGCAGGAAGGUGCCGCAGUCAAUUCAUCAGAUAAGAAUGGCCACACGGCAUUUCAUGAGGCAGUUUUCAAAGGCCAGUUUUCUUUGGCUAAGGAAUUGGUUAGAGAGGGUGCUGAUGUGAACCUGGUUGCCAAGGAAGGACCAGCUUUCGAUAUCCUUCUCAAGAAAGGACUUCUAACCUCACAGAGUGUCAGUCAGUUACUGGACUGGGGAUAUGAUCCUAGAAAAAACAAACUGUGUACAGCAAAGGCAAGGUUUCACAAAAUGAUUGCAGACAAGUUACAGACUGUAGACACUCUAACUUCCCUGUGCAGAAUUGAAAUCAGACAAAUUUUGUCUAGGAGAAAAAAUUGCAAAUGCUUCAGUCAGCGAGUUGUUGAACUGCCAUUGCCAAAUAUUCUCAUAGACUAUAUUGCCAUGAAAUCUGAACUAGAAUCUUGACAAUUACAUUAUGUACAGACAACAAAGUUCAUAUUAAAUUUUAUUGAAGUGUCAUACAUGUAGGUGGGCAGAUUUUGUUUUGUUUUGCUUCAAGUUGUGAAGUUUAAAAGAGAGCAUCCUGCUACUUUGCAUAAUUACCUCAGUCAAGGUUGGAUGUCAUGUUUUCAUGGGCAUUGUUUGUGGACGUCUCAAAAAUUUUCACAUAUUUUAAUAAAACUUUCAGGACAGACACUUUUUCAGAAGGGAAAGAAGUGAUUUAAAUUUAACCGUCUCUGGGUCUUCUAAUACUUCUUAAAGUUCCUUCAUUUAUUAUUUUAUUGUUAAGGUUUUGCUUUUGCGAGGUCUGUGUUCUUGGAGUGCUUGCCGUUUCUUUUAACCCUCCUUUUGAGAUAAGCAGACUAUUUCUGUUUAUGUCAGUGUUGCUUGAAGGUCAGCAACAUCUGUCGACUUACAGACACAUGAUUUGAAUAAUAGAUGUAGAAGUGUGGAAUAGCUGUAUUCCGUCUGUUGGCAUACAUGUACUGUUAACAGUUAUCUUGUCUUGGUUAAUAGUGAACCUGUAUUUGUUUAUGUUCUAGUAUAAAUAUUAUAUAUAGAUAUUAUGAAAGUCACUGUGGACAGUGCUUAUUAAUAAUAUAAUAGCAAAACUACAUUUUUGUUUCAGUGUUAAUUUCCUGAAAAGUAAUGUGUAGUUAAAAUGAAAAUAGAGUAUGAACAGUAGCACAUCACUUGCACACAGUAAUAGGAAUAGACCUUUUGCAACUAGUUGACUACAUGUAGAUGUUGAAUUAUUUUGUUAACUGGAGAGCAGGGUCUUCAGUAAACAAAAGAAGUCAAUAUCUGGUCAUCAAGAUGCAAAUGCCUAGGCCUGAAACACCGUUAGAGCUGAAAUAAUAGAAGACAACUUUGCUAGAGAUGGU